GAGGGGUCAGACAAACGAUGCUGUAAGUCAGUAAUAGUGGGAGAAACUCUGAAGAAGUAACAAAUAGCAAUUGUAAGCCAGUUCUGGGAAGGCGUGAAGAAAUCUCCCCUCAACAACAUUUAUUUUCUUUGACUUCCCCUUUCUUGAAAAGGGGGCAGAUUUCUGACUGACUGCAUAUUGAUGUGGGACUCCUGAGGAAUCAGACAAAUUUUCUCCAGGAAGAAGAGUGAAGCACCAGUUCAUCUGCUUGGCCUGAGACUGCUUCAAGGUCAGCAAGAGCCCUGCAGUUGGAAUCCUCCCCAUGAUGCUGUUGCUGCUGCUGCUGCAGGUCCUGGCCAGCUGCCUCUGGCUGGGCCACGGGGAGGUGGUGACAUCCUUGAUAAGUACAUGCCCUCAGUUUUUCUUCCAGAAAACCCCCCCAAAUGCAGCCCUAACACCUCAAAACCCAGCCUGGAUCUGCCAACGUUAUGGGAACAAGUAUUACUUUGCCACCCUCUACGACAGGAGCCGCCGUAUUCCCGUGUACUCUGCUUACCUCUACCAGCCUGGACCUGGCAAGAGACCUAACACAUGGAUGGUUGAACCCCAGCUCGUCGGCCCAAAUUACCCAAAAACUAUGGAAAAAGAGUGGACUCUCUUAAAUCAUUUCAAAGUCAGCUUAGAGCAACUCAGCAAGAGCCAAGCUCUCCUCCAAGACUACAAGAACCUCACGGGUUUGAACCGUGGCCACUUGAACCCCAACGGUCAUCACGAGGACAACAGCAGCAGGAAAGCUACCUUCACCCUCACCAACAUCGUGCCCCAGGAUGCAAAACUCAACGGGGGUGCCUGGAACAACUACGAGCAGCAAACCAUGAUGAGGAUGACACAGGGGUGUAACAACACCUACGUCGUGGUGGGCGCCGUGCCUGGGAAGAGCUACAUCAGCAACGGGAGGGUGAACAAACCCAGCUUCAUCUGGUCGAGUGCUUGCUGUGAGCUGGGCAGGAACAACACCAAGGCCUGGGGGGUGAUUGCUGAGAACAACAGGGAUGAGGUAGAGCUGCUGACACUGGGGGAGCUGGAGGAGACGUUGUCUCUGCUCUACGGGAGGGAAUCAGUUUCUCUGUUUCACAGCGCCUGUCCCCGGGAGUAAGGUCCCUGUCACACCUCAGGUGGAAAAAGGUUCAGGAGCCCUCCCCACCUGAGGAAUCACUUGAUUGUCCUGUGUAGCAUCUGUCCUGCUUUCUUCUCUAGCACUUUCCCAGUUCUGUCUCUCUGAGCACCUUCACUGGUAAAAGGGAGGGGAGGUCAGCAGAGCCUCCAGCUGGUUUGCUUUGCUGUCCAUCCUUGGAGGGAACACUCUGGGGGGAGUCCUUGCCCUGUGGGAACCCUUGGGCAGAGAAACCAGACCUUGUCCUUGAAAUGAGAGAUGCUUUGCCUUUUUCUCCCCUUUUUCUGCACGCCCAUAUACAGAUGGGAGUUCCUCCCUUUCCUCAUUAGCUGUCACUGCUAAUGUGCUGCUGACUUGUCCCUCAGCAAGCAUGACCAGGGUGGCUCAGGUAAUCCAGAGGGGUUGUGGAGUUUCCAUCUCUGGAGAUGCUCAAACCCCAAUUGGAUACAGUCCUGGACAACCUGAUCUCACUGAGCAUGCCUGAGAUGGGGUCUGCACUACUGGGCUUUGAGAAGUGCCUCCCAACCUCAACAAUUCCAUCUUGGGAAUCCAUCCCUCCUGGGGCUGGGAAAGCAAAGAGCCCAAGGAUUGCUGAGAGGCUGUAUACAGAAAUCCAUCCUGAGCAGCACAUCCACCGACCAGAGCAAAGGAGAGAGAGAGGAAGCUGGAAAGGAGGAAGACAACUGAGCAGAGCAGGAACAUCCCAGCUCUCUUGAAGGCUGCAGACAGGAAAAACAAGGAGAAGGAAGGAAACAACCUACAUGAAUCACUGGGCUCCCUAUCCCUGAACGUACACAAGGACCAUGCUUAUGGGAAUUGACCAGUGGGGUUUGGUUUGCUGGUUUUGGACCUGAACCUUGGGAGUGGGAGCUGAGGUACCAGGGGGCAGAGGCUCAUCAAGCUUUGAGCAUUCUAAGAGAACUUUCUGUGACCCACUGAUUGUGCACUUUCAUUCUGUGCUCUUCUUCUGAACCUUCUCUGUAGAUUUAUCUAAAACUGAUUUUGUGAAAUACAUUCAAUGCAUCAAAAAUCAA